AUGAUGUAUGAUGCGUUCUUGCUACUUGGCAGGUCAUCAGAUACUGAGCUCUACCCAGCUCCCCGUUUUGUGACGCACAUUGAUGACCAAGCAAUCAGGGCGCUCACAAAGUACUACUCGCAAGCCCUUCCUCUAAGCAAAACUCAUGGCGUGGCCAUCCUGGACAUGUGCAGUAGCUGGGUGAGCCAUUAUCCAGCCGGGUACAAGCAAGAGAAGAUCGUAGGUAUGGGUAUGAAUGAAGACGAGCUGAAGAAGAAUCCGGUUUUGACAGAGUAUGUUGUGCAAGACCUCAAUCUGAACCCGAAGCUUCCUUUCGACGAUAACACCUUUGAUGUUAUAACCAACGUGGUUAGUGUAGACUACUUGAUGAAACCAAUGGAUGUUUUUGAGGAGAUGAGACGAAUACUUGAAACAUCUGGGUUAGCUAUCAUGAGCUUUUCAAAUUGCUGCUUUUGGACAAAAGGUAUAUCCAUUUGGACAUCAAAUCGUGAUGCUGACCAUGCUUGCAUAGUUGGCGCAUACUUCCAUUAUGCUGGAGGGUUUGAGCCCCCUGAAUUGUACCAAUCUUCCAAUCCAGGACAAACUGAUCCGAUGUACAUUGUUUGUUCCAGAAAGAAAAUAGCUUAG